AUGUUGAGAUUGACUAACGAAAAAUUUUCGAAGCUUGAUGUCGUUACAACUGUUCGUGUCCCAAUACCAGAUGUCGGUACAGCACGAGGUUCUCUGCAGCUAGAUAAAGCCAUGAAAAAAAUUAAAGACAGGGAAAUAACAUUAAGAGAAGCCGCAGGACAUGGAAUAGCUGGUCAUCAAGGAUUUAAUCGAUGCAACUGCAAAACUGGUUGUGGUACAAAAAAAUGUACUUGCAAUUUGUUGUGCAGUUCAAAAUGUCAUGGUAACCAAAAUUGUACAAAUAAAUAA